AUGACACCAUCACCAUCCGGUACAGCCGCACCCUUCGACCCCCGCAGCCUCUACUCGUCCAACAACACCAACUCCACCUCGACGCCCGCCAAGCCACCACAGGCAUCAUCGUCCAACGGUUCAGCGUCGGUCAAACGCGAGCAAGGCGCGUCCAUAGCUGAUGACGCCGACAAUUCGCCCAGCAGCGGCGGCAAGAAGAAGCCGUCCAAGCGAAGGAAAGUCAACCUCGCGUGCAUCUACUGCCGCCGAUCGCACAUGACCUGCGACGAAGGCAGGCCGUGUCAGCGAUGCAUCAAGCGCGACAUUGGUCAUCUGUGCCACGACGAGGCAACGCCAGCAAAGGCAAACGAACCUCACGAAGCGCCCGCUUCGUCGACGCCGUCCAAACCCAAAACGCACGCCUCGGCCUCCACAGCAAAGCCAGCCACCGAGGUGGCUUCGACGUCCGCACCCACAACCUCGGCUACGCUGGCGGCAGUGACGGCGCUCGCCUCGACAGACACCAACAACUUCUUCCCCACGCUCGGCGUGCAGCCUGCCGCACCCGCGUCCAGCGCAUCCUCCAACUCGGCCAGCGCCGCGGCAUUCAGCGGCGGCUCCGCCGGGCCCUACUCGUCCGUAUCGCCCUUGUCAUCGCUCAACCAGAACAACGAUUUCAACCCAGCAGCCAUCUUCAAGCCACAAGCUUCCGCCGCCGCCAGCGUCGGCAGCCUCGCCAUGCAGCCCUCCACGUCCUCGGGCGCAUCUGGCGACAUGGCGGCCAACAACAUGCUUUCGCUCGCAUCGCUUUUUCAGAAUAGCAUCAACGGCAGCACUCCCAAUCCCAACAGCGUCAGCACCAGCUUGGCCGCGCCGACCCAGAGCGUAGGUGCGCCCGCGCCCAACCAGGACAUGUCCGGCCUUGGCGGCGCAGGCUGGCUUGGACUCGGUGGAGGGCCGGGAGGGUACGAGGGUGGCGGAAGUGGCUUUGGCGGCGACUCGGCGGGCGGAAACGAAUUCACGCUGCUCAGCGAGUUUCUCGAAAGCCUAGAUGGGCCAGGAUUCGGCGCGGGCGCCACACCAGGUAUGACCGCAGCAGGCGCAUCAGGCUCCGGCUUGACGCCUUCACAGAGCAGACGCAAUACCAUCUCGGGCCUCGCUCCUUCGAGCGGCGUUGGCGCGUUCGAUGGGCUCACCGCGCUCACGCCCAUCAACAACAGCGAAACCAGCGCGCACGCCAGAGCUAGCUUGCCCACCAUGCCCUCGGCCAGCGCGCCGGGCAUGUACGACUCGGGAUCAGCGUCGAUCGGUGGUACGGCUGGAUUCGGCACUUAUGCAUCGGGCAACAACUCUGCCAACCAGGGCGACGCAGCCGGCGGUAAGCGCUCGCGCCGAUCGUCGUACUCGGCCGCGGCCACAUCUUCGUCCGGCGCAGCGGGCGCAGCACCCUCAUCUGUAGCUGCAUCGGGCUCCUACAUCCCAUCACUCCAGGGCGGCAGCACCAAGACCGAGCGAUUCUUCCUCACCGCAGCCGACCAGAAGGACGGUACGCGAGACGAGCGACUCGCGCGCGUCAUCCAGGCCAAAUACGAGGCUGGCCUCCUGCGUCCGUACAAUCACGUCAACGGCUAUGCGCGCCUCAACCGCUGGAUGGAGCGCAACGUCUCGGCCGCCUCCAAGCGCCGCAUCCUCAAGCCGCUCUCCGUCUUCCGCCCGGCCUUCAGAGCGGUCGCACAGAGCCUCACCAACAUCGACCUGGUCUUCAUCGAGGAGGCGUUCGAGCGGCUGCUGCUCGACUACGACCGCGUGUUUAGCACGCAGGGCAUCCCCGCGUGUCUGUGGCGCAGAACGGGCGAGAUCUACAAGGGCAACAAGGAGUUUGCCGAACUUGUGGGGGUGCCCAUCGAAUCGCUCCGAGAGGGAAGGCUGUGCAUCUACGAGCUCAUGGCCGAGGAGAGCGCGGUCAACUACUGGGAAAAGUACGGCGCGGUCAGCUUCGAUCCGGGCCAGAAGGCCGUCUUGACCUCGUGCGUGCUCAGGACCAAGAACAAGGCCAUCGUCGCCGGCGGCACAAGUGGCAAGGCGGCCAAUGCCAUUGCGGCCCAACUGCCCAGGUCGGCCACGGCAUCCGGGCAAAUCACACCCGUCGCUCAGGAACAGCAGCCACCAGGCGCAGCAGCCGGAACAGUCGCGGCGGGAACAGGCGCAACUAGCACCUCGGGCGUCCUCAAGGAUCCAAACAACCCCAAGGCGGCGUUCAUCCACUGUUGUUUUUCGUUCACCAUCCGCAGAGAUCAGUGGAACAUCCCGCACAUGAUCGUCGGCAACUUCCUUCCCACCAACCCGCCGUAG